GAAUGGAGUCCACAUUUCAACCAUGAAACAAGAGCCAAAAGCAAAACAAACUUCGUGAAUGAAUAUGUAUCGUUCAGAGUGCAAUUACUAACAUCUGUCUUUGGACUAGAAAUUCCAGAGUUUAUCUGUUUCGUUUUUAACAAAUUAUCAAAAUCUUAAUAGAAAGUUUUUUUUAUUUAUUUUGUAGAUUAUAUCAGUUUGGAUGGCCUGAGAAGCUAAAAUCUUAGUAUUAGAUUUUAUCGGCAGCCCAACAGAGAGUAAACAAAUAAAAAAAGGCCCUUAUCUUUUAAAUUUCUUCGCCUAACAUUACUUUUGGUUCACCUUCGUUUCAGCAGAAGAAUAAGUACAAACUGAUUUGGACAUAAGAAAAUUCAUUGAACCUGGACGGGUUUUGGGUUUGUCUUGCUUUUUAGGUUGCAGACACAGUAGGUUUUAACUCCUUAUUUAAUUAUAACGAACGUUUACGGAUACCUGGAAAGAUAAAGACCACCAAGUUUGGCGCACGUUAUGGGAAGGUGCUUACUGUUUAUAGAAAAUGGUGAGGACUAGCUAGGGUGGUGCGUCUUCUUUUUUUGACAAGGGAUAGAAGAUCUUUUCGAGUGUGAGAGGUUAAUCUUAUUGCUCCACUAUCAACGGUUUUCAUUUCAAGGUAAGUGAAUGAGGAGGUGCUUUUACGCUUCCAUUCAUGUUCAAUAAGGCUUAGCAUUCCCCUGCGCUGGAUGUCCUAGCCUUCUCUCUCCCUGCUGACUUCCGUUGUCGUGGUAAGUUAACUGUCUAUGUCUUCCGCUGUUCAUUCAACUCAAGAGUACGAUAUGGAUAUAAGGAGCCUGUCAUCCUCUCACCGUCAUCCUCAAGACGCGCCUUAUGUUCACAAGGUUGGACUUCCCCCUAAGCAAAACCUCUUCAAGGAGUUCAAAGCCACUGUGAAAGAGACAUUCUUUGCAGAUGAUCCUCUACGUUCCUUCAAGGACCAACCAAGGUCUAAAAAGUUCAUCCUAGGUCUCCAAGCUAUCUUCCCUAUUCUUGAAUGGGGAAGAAGUUACAGUUUUGCAAAAUUUAGAGGUGACCUCAUUGCUGGGCUGACAAUUGCUAGUCUUUGCAUUCCCCAGGAUAUUGGGUAUGCAAAGCUUGCAAAUUUGGAUCCUCAGUAUGGAUUGUACUCCAGCUUUGUUCCACCUUUGAUAUACGCCUUCAUGGGUAGUUCAAGAGACAUCGCAAUAGGACCUGUGGCAGUGGUGUCUCUCUUGUUGGGGACUCUGCUUCAGAGUGAAAUUGCUGAUCCUGUAGCCAAUGCAGCAGAAUAUCGGCGGCUGGCAUUUACAGCUACAUUUUUUGCCGGAAUCACCCAAGUAACCCUUGGGUUUUUGAGGUUGGGGUUCCUAAUCGACUUUCUAUCCCAUGCUGCUAUUGUUGGUUUCAUGGGUGGAGCUGCCAUCACAAUUGCCCUCCAACAGCUUAAGGGUUUUCUUGGAAUAAAAAAAUUUACUAAGAACACUGAUAUUGUUUCUGUAAUGCACUCAGUAUUUGCCUCAGCUCAUCAUGGAUGGAACUGGCAAACUAUUGUUAUGGGUGUGAGCCUUUUAUCUUUCCUCCUUUUUGCCAAGUACAUUGGAAAGAAGAACAAGAAAUUAUUUUGGGUGCCAGCAAUUGGCCCAUUGAUAUCUGUUAUUCUGUCAACUUUUUUUGUGUAUAUAACCCGUGCAGAUAAGGACGGAGUUCAAAUUGUGAAACACAUAGAGAAAGGAAUAAAUCCGUCCUCUGUGAAUCAAAUAUAUUUCAGUGGUGACCAUAUGCUAAAAGGUGUUAGGAUUGGUAUUGUGGCUGCGAUGAUUGCUUUGACGGAAGCCAUAGCAAUUGGAAGAACAUUUGCCGCCAUGAAGGACUAUCAGCUGGAUGGAAAUAAAGAAAUGGUAGCACUAGGAACUAUGAAUAUUGUUGGUUCAAUGACUUCUUGCUAUGUGGCAACAGGUUCAUUUUCUCGAUCAGCUGUGAAUUUCAUGUCUGGCUGCCAAACUGCUGUCUCCAACAUUGUUAUGUCGAUUGUUGUAUUUUUGACCUUGCAAUUUAUCACACCUCUUUUCAAGUACACCCCAAAUGCUGUACUCUCAGCCAUCAUUAUAUCAGCUGUGAUCGGCCUAGUUGAUUAUGAUGCAGCAUAUUUGAUAUGGAAGAUUGAUAAAUUUGAUUUUGUUGCUUGCAUGGGAGCAUUCUUUGGUGUUGUUUUUGUCUCUGUUGAGAUUGGCCUCUUGAUUGCGGUGUCGAUAUCCUUUUUCAAACUUCUCUUACAAGUUACCAGGCCCCGAACUGCAAUUCUGGGAAAAUUACCUAGGACAGCUGUAUACAGAAACAUUCUUCAAUAUCCUGAAGCAACUAAGGUUCCUGGUGUUUUGAUUGUGAGAGUUGAUUCUGCAAUCUACUUUUCUAACUCCAAUUACAUUAAAGAAAGGAUAUUGAGAUGGUUGAUAGAUGAGGAAGAGUUGGUAAACAAAUCCAGCAAACCAAAAAUCCAGUUUUUGAUAGUGGAGAUGUCACCCGUUACCGACAUCGACACCAGUGGCAUCCACGCUUUGGAAGAGUUAUACAGAAGUCUCCAGAAAAGAGAGAUUCAGCUUAUCCUAGCAAAUCCUGGCCCAGUCGUGAUUGAUAAGCUCCACGCCUCUGAUUUGGCACAGCUGAUUGGAGAGGACAAGAUCUUCCUCACGGUUGCUAAUGCUGUGGCAGCAUGUUCUCCAAAAUUAAUGGUGGAAGAAGUUUGAGAUGAGGUUUUCCUGUCUGAGAAAAUGGGAUUUCACUGCUACGGUGUAGCAUUAGAAUGGGAGGGAGGGAGGGAGGUAAUGUUGUGGGUCAUUAUAAGGGUGGUUUGUCUAGUGGGGUGUCGUCAGUGACUGCUACCUUAGCUCCCCCAAUCACCAUAAAGCAGGAAAGGCGCAUUAUGAUAUGCUCUCCAAAUAAGGGAUAAGAUUCAAGGAGGGAAGGCAAAAAGGAGAAGAAAAUGGGGUGAUACCAUGAUAAGGAUCUGUUCUCUCUUUUCUUUUCCUUUCUUUUCUCUCCAUUUCCCCCCCAGUUUUUAUGUAUCUCUAUCCUAUAAUCUCUUUACUUUUGCUCUUCAA